AUGCCAAAUUGCCAGAAAAGUCGGCCAGAGAAUGAGAUGGCCCAGACGCACAAAAACCCUGCGUGGGAUGGUGACAACCUGGGAAAUCAGGGGACAAGUGCGACGUAUACAGUAGACCAAGCAAGAAACAAGAACAGACAAGGCGGCGCAGCAUGCGGUAGAUGA